GAUUGUGAAUUACUAAAUCGUAAUCACAAUUAUUGUCAAUUGAUAUUUAAUAUUACAUUGAUUCCGACCGUCGUUGUUUUAGUACUUUAAUAGUACAGGCGCGUUGAGUGAAUGCUGUGCAUUGGCAUAUCUAAAACCACGUCAGAGGCGUAGUGAAUUUGUGCAGAGCCGCUGUGUUAUAGAACUGAACGACAGUAUAGUCGUAGCGGGCGGCGUAGAUAAUUACGAUAAACAAUAAUAUUAUUGUCGUCAUCUCCGGCACAACUACGUUGUAAUCGCUGUCCGACUGAAAAACUUUUUGGGACCACACUCACCGACAUGGACGGAUCGACGACUAGUCCUACAAGAAAAAUGUCAAAAGCUGAUCAACUCCUGUCAAAACUACCACCGCCGACACAGUUGCCAAGUUUUGUCACUGACGCUCUGAAUGAACCUAGAGCCACCCAAUCUAACCCUGUGUUGAAUACGACAGACGUGACUAGUCAAAACUUUCACACUCCAAUGUUUUCACCUGUGAUUACUAGUAAAAAUGAAGAAAAUGUAGAAUUGCCCACAAGUCCUUCCAAUGAAGCAGCAGCCGAUAAAGCAGUUAAAAGUGAACAAUCAUCAAGCAAAGCUGAUUUAUUUAACUGGAUGAAGGGCAGUAGUUCUAGUAUUUUUUCCAUGGUUGCUGAAAAAGCAAAGAAUUCUGUAGAUGCAGUACUCACAACAUUAGACCCACAAAUGAAAGAUACAUUGAAUCCCAAUACUUUUGAUAACACUGAUGUGAUUGUUGCUUCUGAAAAAGAAAUUGUCGUUAGUGCAGUAAGAGAAGGCUUUCAAAAAGUUUUUGGAAAAGCAGUUGUCAGAGGACUUGAAGCACCAGAUCAACCAUUUGCUGCACAAUUGGUUGGAUUUUCUGCCGCAUCCAAAGCCACAAAAUAUUCCAUCGAUUCUGUUAGAUUACAUGUGGUUAAAGGUCCUGUCGUCUCCUUUGAAAGAUUUAUUGUAGAACCAAUAGAAUCCAAAUGGUAUGAAUUUGGUCUUUUGAAACUUAAUGACAUGGAACGAAAUAUAGAUUUAGAAGUAUACACUCAAAGUGUCCCUGUACCUGCAGCAAUUGUUGGCUUGAUUAGUGACGAUACACCCAAAGACUAUGAACACAUCUCAACUGGAUUCAGUAUACCGGUUGCACAUUUCAUGGCCAGCAACUUAAAAGUACACCCAUCUGAGUGGCAAGAAGUAAUGACUGGUGUUAGCCAACGAUCAUCUUUAUUAGCUGCUUCUGUAUCAUUGGCCAUGUCGUACAAAAUUGCAUUGGAAUGAUGGAAUUUUUAGUUCAGCUUAAAAAUCUUUAUUAAUAUAAUUUUUAAUAUCAUUAUCAAUUAUUAUUUACUGUAAUAAACUGUUAUCAACUUGUAUCCCUCUUCCCAAUGGAUUGUGAUUUUUAAUUUUUAUUAUUUUUUAUUUUUUAUCAUGCGCACGCUGUUAUUAGAUAUA